CCGGCGACGCGAGCAAGAUGGCGGCGCCGGGGGUGGCGGAGGCCGUGGCGGCCUCACACCCGGCCGAGGGGGCCGAGAUGGCGGAGGCGGCAGAGCUGAGCCGCGCCCUGAGCCGCCUGCUGCCGGGGCUGGAGGCCGACAGCAAACCGGGCCGGCGGCGCGCCUUGGAGGCCCUGCGGCGCGCGCUGGAGGAGCCGGGCCCUGCCGCCGACCCCACCGCUUUCCAGGGUCCCUGGGCGCGCCUGCUGCUGCCGCGCCUGCUGCGCUGCCUGAGCGACCCCGCCGAGGGCUGCCGCGCGCUGGCAGUGCACCUGCUGGGUCUGGGCCUGCGCCGCGCCGCGCGGCCCCGCGAUGCCCUGCCGCGCCUGCUGCCCGCGCUCGCCGCGCGCUUGGCCGGCCCCGAGCCCGCGCGCCGCCCGCCCGAGGCCUGCGAGGAGCUGCGCUUGGCGCUCGUGCAGCUGCUGGGUCUGGCCGUGGACCUGUGCGGCGCCGCGCUCGCGCCCCACCUGGACGACGCUCUGCGCGCGCUGCGCUGCUCCCUGCUGGACCCCUUCGCCGCCGUGCGCCGCGAGAGCUGCAGCUGCGCCGCCGCCCUGGCGCAGGCCACGCCCGACCACUUCCACAUGCAGUCGGAGUCUCUGAUCGGGCCCCUGAUGCAGACCAUCUCCCACCAGCACUGGAAGGUCCGUGUGGCUGCCAUUGAAGCCACAGGUGCGGUGAUCCAGUUUGGCAACGGGAAGUCCGUGGACGACGUGCUUUCCCAUUUUGCUCAGCGACUGUUUGAUGACGUCCCGCAGGUCCGGCGGGCGGUGGCCUCUGUGGUAGGCGGCUGGCUGCUGCGUCUGCGUGACCGCUACUCCUUCUUCCACAAGCUCAUCCCUCUGCUGCUCAGCAGCCUCAGCGAUGAGGUGCCCGAGGUCAGGCAGCUGGCUGUCAGACUCUGGGAAGACGUUGGCCUGCAGUGGCAGAAGGAGAAUGAGGAGGACCUGAAGGACAAGCUGGACUUUGCCCCUCCCACCCCACCCCAUUACCCUCCACAUGAGCAUCGCCCUGUGCUGGGCUGCCGGGAGCUCGUCUUCAGGAACCUCUCCAAGAUCCUCCCUGCCCUGUGCCACGACAUCACAGACUGGGUGGUGGGCACCCGAGUGAAGUCGGCCCAGCUGCUGCCAGUGCUGCUGCUGCACGCCGAGGACCACGCCACGCAGCACCUGGAGAUCGUCCUCCGGACCCUGUUCCAGGCCUGCACCGACGAGGAGGCAGCCGUGGUCCACAGCUGUACGAGAUCCGCAGAGCUCGUCGGGACAUUUGUCAGCCCUGAGGUGUUUCUGAAGUUGAUCUUAUCGACGCUGAAGAAGGCGCCCUCCGCCUCCGGCCUCCUGGUGCUGGCCUCCGCCAUGCGGGGUUGCCCCCGAGAAGCCCUCCAGCCGCACCUGGUAGCCAUCGCCACGGAGCUGGCACAGGCCCACAUCUGCCAGGCGUCUGAAAACGACCUCUACCUGGAGCGCCUGCUGCUGUGUGUGCAGACUCUGGUGUCUGUGUGUCGUGAGGACUGCGGCGUGGGCAGCCUGCAGCUCAUGGACGUGCUGCUGACAGUAGUGGCCCUUGCAAGUGCCACCGGCCUGAGGGACAAGGCACAGGAGACGAUGGACUUGCUGGCCAGAGCGGAGGGUGUCAGUGGCUGCCAGGACCUCUAUCGCAAGCACAUGGGUCCCCUCCUGGAAAGGGUAACUGCGUCGCACCUCGACUGGACAGCACACUCGCCAGAGCUCCUGCAGUUCAGUGUCAUCAUCACGCAGUCAGGCCCUGCCCUAGGAGAAGCCCUGCCACACGUCAUGCCCACGCUCAGGGCCUGUCUGCAGCCCUCCCGAGACCCGCAGAUGCGCCUGAAGCUGUUCUCCACCCUGUCCACUGUGCUGCUCAGAGCCACGGACACCAUCGAUUCCCAGGGGCAGUUUCCCAGCUACCUCGAGACAGUGACGAAGGACAUCCUGGCCCCCAAUCUGCAGUGGCACGCGGGGAGGACAGCCGCGGCCAUCCGCACGGCUGCCGUGUCCUGCCUCUGGGCGCUCACCAGCAGCGAGGUCCUGUCGGCAAAGCAGAUACAGGACGUGCAGGAAACACUGAUGCCUCAGGUCCUGACCACCCUGGAGGAGGAUUCACAGAUGACGCGACUGAUUUCGUGCCGUAUUAUCAACACGUUCUUAAAAACCUCGGGCAGCAUGACGGAUCCAGAGAAACUCAUCAAGAUUUAUCCUGAACUCUUAAAACGCCUAGACGAUGUUUCUAACGACGUGAGGAUGGCAGCCGCCUCCACCUUGGUCACCUGGCUGCAGUGUGUCAAGGGUGCUGACGGAAAGUCCUACUAUCAGAGCAGUGUCCAGUACCUGUACCGAGAGCUGCUGGUUCACCUUGACGAUCCAGAGAGGGCCAUCCAGGAUGCGAUUUUAGAGGUCCUCAAAGAGGGCAGUGAGCUGUUCCCAGAUCUCCUGGUGAGGGAGACGGAAGCCGUCAUCCACAAGCACCGCUCGGCCACCUACUGCGAGCAGCUCCUGCAGCAUGUGCAGGCCGUGCCAGCCACGCAGUGACCACGCCAGCACGAGCCACAGCACACCCACAUCCACACCUGAGCCGGAGUUUGUGGCCUUCAAAUCGCAGAAACAAGGUACCUCUGUGCCAGCAGUGAGACUGUGACAGCAAGAACGUACUCCUCGGGACACCUGCCCGCUCUUCCCCUGGAAUAACAGCUUCUGAGUGGAUUCUGCAUUUUAUGUGAUUUGUUCCGUUCAGCGAGCGGUCUCCCAAACGUCUACAGCUGAUGUGAAAUUAAAAGUAAAUCACACUUGCUCAUCAUCUUAGUUUUUAUGCCUCACAUGUGCAGCUGGGUGCGUGGAUCAUCAGUUCCAUCCUGCUUAGAUGCCCACCAAGAAAGUUUUUACCUAUUUAACAAAAAAGAAAAAAGCCAAAGUGAUUAUAAAGAAAUGAAAUCUCUUUUUGGGUUCUGUCUUCCGAAAUUUAACAUCUCCGUGAACAGACUAAAAGGAAUUUGGAAUCUUAACAACUUAUCGAAUUUCUCCUGUUUUAAAUAUACUGGGACUUUAAAGGUUAUAUAUCCAGUCGCCGUAUAUUUUAAGUCAGUAAUGCUGAAAGUGUUGAAAACAGAAUAUUUCAUCAGAUGUAAUUUUGGUUGCCCCUAUAGGUAGGAAGAAAGUAAAAUCGUAUUUCCCUCUCGCACAUUCUACACCCAAGUGCCUAAAAGAUCUCAUUGCAAGUGGGUAUUGUUACCGUAAGCCAUUGUGUUCACACAAGGGGGAAAUGCUGUAUAUAUUUUUCAACAAAUAUUAACAUUUAUACUUUCAUGUUUGAAAAUUUAAUUAAAAAUAUUUGUUAUAA